AUGAAUGAAGAACCGCCACCAUAUCACGUCCAUGAUCCCAGUCCGGAUGUCAGACUAACCGCAGCCCCAGUCUACGAAUUGACUGCCCCCAUCAAUUCGCAGCCACACAGCGUGCAUGGCACCACCAUCCCAUCAUCACGAGAAUCUGACCUGCGUAAUAUUCGCCGUCAGGCAAUUGAGCAUUCGGGAUUCAUCUCGGCAACGCCGUACUUUGAACUUCGUCCACCCAGCCAUCCACGACCCCAUGACUUCUUCGUCCAUACUAUUGUGGUCAAUCCGGAUACUGGCCCAGAGACAACACCAUACCCGUCGCGUAACUCCCUGUUCCAGCUGCGCGAGGUCGACGAAUAUGACUGGACGACAUUCGUGAAUCACCUGUUUCCUCCAGUGUACCGGGCGGGUUCGUCCGGAUCCAACCAAACAACAAGGCCAAGCCCGACGGCCACAAGACGACAUUUUUCAUCCAGCAGGACGGUCGACAACGCAAAAUCAAGGCCUGAAGAGCUCACAGAAUUGGUGGACAGGCUGUCUCUUCCACCCACCAAGCGAUCCACGCCGGGGGGCCUUCCUCCUCCCGCAGACCCUUCACGUCUGCGGAGGUUUCGAAUUGAAGCCGUCGUCGAACAGUGGAACGCCGGUUUUUUUGGACCUCGAGGCUUGAAAGUCAUCCUUCUGUUUCUCGAAGACUCCUCGCAAUGGGGAGGAGAGGACACUCCACUUCUCAAAGCAGUUGCCAGAGGUAGAGAGUCCGAAGUCCGCCUUCUCCUCGAGCACGGUUCACAGUCCAUCGAAGCACGAAACAAGAAAGGCGAGACUGCCCUCUACCGGGCAGUCUCUCAAGGAGACAAGUCGGUUGUCAAACUAUUGCUAGAAAACAAUGCCGAUCCCGAGGCUCGACCGCCAGGGGCUAAUAGCCCCCUACACAUGGCGGUAAUGAACGACCGUUCGACCAUUCUCAAGAUGCUGAUUGAGAGAUCAACGCAGGGUCUUGAAGAAGUGACUUCAGCAGGGGAAACCCCUCUCUACCUCGCUGUCUCCCGCGGGCAAACAAAGAACGUCACAUCGCUCCUGGAGGCAGGUUCCAAUCCUCACGCAAGACCCAUUGGGAAGGACACGAUGCUGGAUCUCGCAAUUAACAGGCGUGAUUCUUCCAUCGUAGAACUGUUAUUGAAAGCGGGCGUCGAUCCGAACCAGAGGAAUAGAGACGGAGACACGCCACUCAGCCGUUUUGUAGCGGUGGGCAGCACAAACCUGGUCAAAACCCUCCUCGAAUACGGAGCGAACCCCAAAGCGAAAAAUCGAAAAGGAGAGACCCCUUUGUCGGUGGCCGUCAGCCAGGGCCACUCGUCCAUCGUCGCUCUCCUGCUCGCGAGAGAGGACGUCGACAUCGAUGCCGAAAACAGCAAAGGCGAGACCCCGGUCUACACAGCCAUUUCGAAAGGUCACAGCUCCAUCAUCGAACUCCUGCUGAAGCACGGCGCCGACACCAACAAACGCCCUGCUAAGGGAGAGACGGCGCUCAAUCUCGCCGUCUCCCACGGGAACAGCACGCUGGUGAGCCAGCUACUCGACCGCGGGGUGGACGUCAACAUCGCGAACAAAUCUGGAGACAGUCCCCUUUCUCAAGCGGUGUCACGCUCCGACCACUUCAUCAUCGGCCUGUUGCUGAGCGCUGGCGCGGAGGUCAAUGUCGUCAACACCGCUGCAGAUCCAAUCAUCUAUCGGGCAGUCAACAAUGGUAACGCGACAAUCACCUCACUUCUGCUGGCUCACGGUGCCAAAGCGAAUGUGCAGAACCACAGCGGUGAGCCGGCCCUGUAUCGGGCAGUUUACAGGGGCGAUGCAUCGACCAGUGCGCUGCUCCUCUGCUAUGGGGCUGAUCCCAGGGGUACAAGUCCCACAGGAGAACCAUGUCUAUAUCGAGCGGUUCAUCUGGGAAACACCCAGCUGGUCUCGCUACUACUUGGACACGGAGCAAGUCCUGACGACGACGUCAAUCCCAACGGAGAGACGCCACUCUAUCGCGCUGUGUACAGAGGUGACGUGUCUAUUGCGACGAUGUUGCUCGGGAAAGGUGCCAAUCCGACCACACCCAGUGUCAACAGCGAGUCUCCAUUGCAGUACGCGAUCAGAAAGAACAACAAGUCCAUGGUGGAGAUAUUGAAAAAUGCCUCGCUGCAAUUUUCGGAUGUAAAAAGGGGGUGA